UAAUAAUAAUAAUUCAGAAAACCCAGAAAGCUACAGUAUUUUAAACUGCCUUUCUUUCUCUUUCUCUCUCUAUCUCUCUCCGGCGGAGAUGCCGUUGUCUCUUCCGGUGGUUCUGAUGCAGAAACCGGCCACCGUCGUGAAGCUGCUAGUGUCAUUGCUCUGGCUGGUGGUUUUGAUACAGAGCAAUGGAAUUGAAAGUGAAAGAGGACAAUGUGAGGAAAACCCAUCUCUUAAACGUAGGCCACAUAGUGUAUCUAUUUUGGAAUUUGGAGCUGUCGGCGACGGGAAAACAUUGAAUACAGUCGCGUUUCAGAAUGCAAUCUUUUAUCUUAAUUCAUUUGCUGAUAAAGGUGGUGCUCAGCUCUAUGUCCCGUCGGGAAUAUGGCUCACCGGAAGCUUUAACCUUACUAGUCAUCUUACUGUUUUCUUAUCAAAAGGAGCCACCAUUCUUGGAUCUCAGGAUUCCUCUAAUUGGGGGAUUGCAGAACCGUUGCCAUCAUAUGGACGUGGUCUUGAGUUUCCCGGUGGAAGGUAUCGGAGUUUAAUCAAUGGGUAUAUGUUAAAAGAUGUUACAAUAACAGGAGAUAACGGGACUAUAGAUGGACAGGGAUUGAUUUGGUGGAAUUGGUUCAAUUCUGGAACUCUAAAUCAUAGCCGUCCACAUCUUGUUGAAUUCAUUGGUUCACAGGAUAUUAUAGUAUCAAACAUCACUUUUUUGAAUUCUCCUUCGUUUGCUGUUCAUCCUGUAUAUAGUAGUAAUGUUCAUAUUCACAAUAUCUCUGUUUAUGCUCCGCCUGAAUCACCUUUCACGGUUGGUAUAGUACCAGAUUCAUCUGCUCAAGUGUGCAUAAAAAACUGCAGUAUUAGAACAGGCUACGACGCAAUCGCGUUAAAAUCAGGUUGGGAUGAAUACGGUAUAGCCUAUGGAAAACCAACAACCGGCGUCCACAUAAAACAAGUCAUCCUUCAAGCAUCAUCGGGCUCUGCUCUCGCAAUUGGAAGCGAAAUGUCAGGCGGAAUUUCAUCAGUUCUAAUAGAACAAAUCCAACUCCACGAUUCUUUACAAGGUAUUGAGCUCAGAACAACAAAAGGCCGAGGUGGUUACAUAGAGGACAUAGUAAUCUCUGAUGUCGAGUUGAAGAACAUACAAACCGCAUUCAGUUUCUCCGGUCAUAAAGGUUCCCACCCUGAUCAAGGUUUCGACCCGAAUGCUGUCCCGGUUUUUGAUCGAAUUACAUUGAGGAAUGUGGUUGGGGUGAAUAUUACUCGGCCUGGGAGUUUCGUGGGGAUUGAAGAAUCUCCUUUUACUUCUAUAUGUUUAUCGAAUAUUUCAUUAUCAGUUACAUCUGAUUAUAAUUCGUGGGUUUGCUCGAGCGUUUCGGGUUCUUCUCGGUUGGUGUCGCCGGAGCCUUGUGCCGAGCUUUCGGAUUCUUCAGGAGCUUCUUCUUGCAAUUGGGUGUUGGAAUCAAAGGGGUGGGCAGAUCUAUGAGGUUUGAGUUUUGUUGAUUCUUUUUAAGAAUAAGAAGUAUAAAUUCUGGUUUUGCAUAUUUUUUUCAUUGUACAGAGACUGAUUUUAUUGAUUCAUGUGUAAGAAUUUUUAUUAUUUUUUUGUUAGUUA